ACCGCGAUUUCCAAGAUUCCAGCUCCAACGCGAGCGAGUCGACUUGAAGAAAUUGCACUCCGCUUUUUGACUUCUUCCAGCUCUGCGGAAUGCGAGAUGUUCUCUUCUGACAUUUCUGAAGAAGAAGAUCCGUUGUGUUCGUCUGAGCCGUGGACAUCCGGUGAGGCCUCCCCUUGCUUCCGGGCUUGAUCCCUCCUCGUUCCGACGUCAUGCUCGUGCGCCCUCUUCGAUCUCACCUCUGAAUUUCGUCGUGCAUGUUCGAUUUCUUGGUUUCCCAACUUGCAAGAUCUUUGCUUUCGGUCAUUCGUUUCUCCAUCUGACGACGAAGAUCGUGUGAUUCCUCGCGAUUGCUUGCUAAGUUCGCGAUCUCUCAUCAUCAUCACCAUCACCAUCACCAUCUAAAAUCAUCAGCGAUUCCCGGGUAGUUCGUGUUUCGUAUGAUGCGCCAUCUGGGUUGCUUUGACCGAUCCUCGAGCUUGAACUCUGAACUAUCAUGAGUAUUCCUUCAUACGCUUCGAGUGUUCCCAAGUCGUUUCUUGCGUAUCCAGGUAGCGAUUUCGACUUAGAAUCGGGAACCAUCAGAAGAAUUCGAAAACCCAAGAGCUCUCAGCUUCACCCGGUCAAAAUGCUCAAAUCCUUCGGUAACCGUGUUCGCUAUUUCUACAAGCUGCAUCCUUUUUUAGCUUUCUUGAUUUCAUUGUCAUUUGGGAUCACAAUUUUGGUAAUUAUAUCUAUCUAUCAAUCGCGGUAUAGUGCCGUUGGUAGUUAUCGAGAAUUCGAUGUGUCUUUGGAAAACUAUCCUUUCGCCAAUCUCAAGAACCUCGUGAUGGUUGCUGGACAUUCUAUAUAUACUAGUAAGAGUUGCGAGAAGGUUGAUAAGGAGGAUUCUUGGUUUUUGGAGCCUUAUCAAAAGAAUCCCGGUCAAGCUGCUACAUUUUUGGCUCAUAUUGAACAAGGAAUUGAAAUAACUGCGAAAGAUGAAAUGGCUUUGCUAUUAUUCAGUGGUGGAGAGACACGGAAAGACGCGGGUCCUCGAAGUGAGGCACAGAGUUACUGGGCUGUUGCUGAAUCUAGAGGAUGGUUUGGGAAGGAAGAAAAUGUGAGAUCGAGGGUCCUCACUGAGGAACAUGCGAGGGACAGCUUUGAGAAUCUUCUGUUUAGUGUAUGUAGGUUCAGAGAGCUCACUGGAAGAUAUCCUUCCAAUAUAACUGUCGUGAGUUAUGAUUUCAAGGAAGAAAGAUUCGCCCAUCUGCAUCGUGCUGCUGUCAGGUUCCCCGAGUCGAGAUUCUUUUAUGUAGGAACCCCAGCUUCAUCAACUGCAAGAGAGAAAGCCCGGAAGGGCGAGGCACUGGUGAGGCAGCAAUUUCAGGAAGAUCCUUAUGGGUGCCAGGGUUCAUUACAUCGUAAGAAGCUGGGCCGUGAUCCUUUCCACCGAACAAUUCCUUAUCCUAAAGGUUGCCCUGAGAUGCAAGAUCUGUUCAGAUAUUGCGGAGCGGCACCCUAUCCAGGUUGGCUUCCCUGGACGUCGUAGUGCUAAUUGUUUCUUCAUGUAAGCAGGAAACGAUGCUGAUAUAGCUGAGCCCGCAAUUUUUUUACCUUUCCUUAUUCUUAAUAAGGUCUGCAUGUCUAUAGAAUAGAGAGAUGACAAAGGAGUUAAUGAUAGCAUGAGUUUCUUUGAUGUUGUAAGCUUCGUGAAUCAAAAAGUUAUCUAUUAGUUUAUACGUAAUGAAAUUUGAUGUACUUGGACAAUUAUAUUAAGCAAAUUCAGUCCAAUCAUCUUUAGUUUGCCAACCA